AUGUCCAAGUCGACCUCGGACGCGUUUGCCGACGUGAUUGAAUGGGCGGCAGAUCAAACCUGGAGCAAUGGGAAAGUCGGUCUUUGUGGUAUAAGUUACUUCGCCGGAAGUCAGUGGAGGGUCGCUGUGCGUCGUCCAAAAGGGCUCGCAGCUAUCUGUCCAACCGAUAGUAUGGCAGAUUACUCUCGGGACCGAUGCCGACACGCAGGUAUCCUGACUAGCUUCUUGAAAUGGUGGUUUGAUCGUCAGGUACUGGCAUUACAGUAUGGCCGGCCGAGGAAGGAUACCUGGGGUCCCGACACAAUCGAGGGUAUUCUGAACGACGAAGAGCUCGCUGCGAAUCUUGACGACCAAACCGUGGAUAACGCCCAAUUCCAUUAUCGCGAUGAGAAUUACUACGCAUCUCGAGAAUAUAACCUCGAAAACAUCGCAGUUCCACUGCUCUCUAUCGGAAACUGGGGCAGUAUCAUGAUUCACUUGCGCGGAAACUACGAAGGAUAUCGACACGCCGGUUCUGAGAAGAAAUUUCUCCGAAUGAUCACUGGACGUCAUGAUUUGCCAUUUUAUGACGAUGACCAAGUGGAAGUCCAGAUGAGCUUCUUCGACGCCUUCCUUAAGGGCGAGGAUCGUGGCGGCUGGACCGAUGGCUCCCGGCCUCCAGUCGACCUUGUUAUACGGAAGGGCAACGUUGGUGUGAACAAUCGUGAUGCCGAGAAGGAGGCAUCUAAACGCCGGUUCGAGAAUGAGUGGCCAGGCCAUUGGCACGGACACAGUACACGCAGUUUUAUCUUACGUCGGACAAAGGUUUAUCAGAGACGAUCCCGAACGCACGAAGCAGUGACAGCGUCUCUUACCGAGCUCUGGGAAACAGAAAUAACCGGCUAUAUUGUCGCCCAUCUGAAUGUAUCCGUCACGGCUCUCCCGGGAGGUCCGGUACCAAAGGACAUUGAUCUAUUCCUCACUCUCCGGCACUACGGCGCGGACAGCGAAGAAAUCUUCUACACCGGCAUCACUGGCGAGCCCAUCCCGUUGUGCAAAGGCUGGCAGAGACUUUCGCUCAGGCACGUCAACACAGAACAUCCUCGACAUCGCUCGUGGCUGCCACAUAGGGAUUACUUUGAGAGUGAUCUUCUCCCUGUGCUGCCUGGUGAAGUAUACCCCGUGGACGUAGAAGUGUGGGCGACGAAUGUCGUAGUGGCCACAGGAGAUCGACUAGUCUUCGAGGUCGCCAGUGGAGAUACGCAGGGCAUUGGUCUUUCUGGACACGAUACUGCUGAAAGGUCCGUCGAGAAGUUUGCCGGCAUGAAUCACAUCCAUUUUGGUCCGGAUUACCUCAACUACCUGACUCUGCCCAUUAUUCCUCCUGCUUGA